AUGUCUACAAUCGAUAAUUUUGCUGACGUAGAAUCAACCGGGGUUGGAAUUGGAGCUCUUCCACCUCGCCGUCGUCGUCGACGUGGCCGUGGCCGUUCCACCCGUCGCCGUCGACCCUCUCAUGUUUUUAGCAGCGAACCUGCUACAACGGACGGCGGUAGUAGUUUUGGGCUAUCUGAUUCCGAUGCGCAGUCGUCGGCGCGACUUGAUUCAUCCGUCGCCGGUGAUGAAUGUGGGUCUUCUGGAAUCUUCUCUUACAAUCACAGCCGCAUGGAGUCUUCUUCAGAUGAGAUUGAUUUGGAGAGUGGGGAAUUGGAGAUGAAAGUGCAUUCUUCUGGUAAGAACGAGAAGCAAUGUCGAAUUUGCCAUCUGAAUUUUGAGGUUGGUAGCGGUGAUCAGGCGGAGGAUGAGGAUGAUGGUGGUGGUGGCGAUGCUAUUGAAUUGGGGUGUAAUUGCAAGGGGGAUCUGGGCACUGCUCACAAACAUUGUGCAGAAACUUGGUUCAAAAUCAGAGGGAACAUGACCUGUGAGAUCUGUGGUGCCAUAGCACAAAACGUCGGUGGGGAACAGACACAUGGCACCACGGAUAUCGAGGCAGGCGAACGAGCAGGCAACACGGCGAUGGCGGUAGGUAGCGAGACGCAGAGUUUCUGGCAGGGUCGAAGAAUCAUGAAUAUCCUGCUUGGUUGCAUGGUUUUUGCAUUCAUCAUAUCUUGGCUCUUCCACUUUAAUGUAUUGCCUUGAUUGAGGCAUGUUUGUUUGUACGGAAGUGUAUUGCCUUGAUUGAGGCAUGUUUGUAUGGGAAGUGUAAAUACAUGUAAGGCCGGAACCGCAAGUAUACGGAGUUCAUUUUCGUUAUUUUUGUAUGUGAAA